CCGACUUCUGACUUCUCAAGCAAAUUCAAUAGACUCACCUACAACUGAUCCCUUUUUUCUUUCUGAUCUCAUUCUUUAUUCCACCGAUCAUAGUCAAUAGAGCAUUCUGCCCAUUUCAGAGAAGUGAGAACCUAAUUCCAAACACAACUACGCCAAAUCCUCAACUUGUAGAAACUACAUCAGAAUUUGCAUAAGAAAGAAUAACGUAUAUAUUCUGUCUCUCUCUCACUCUCCCUGCCCAGAAUAUGAGAGUAUAUAGCUACUGUGAGGAUUGAAGUAGUAGUGUUAGUACAUAAAUGAAAAUGGGUUGUUUUUGCAUCAGGCUAAAACAUCGAGCUUAUGAAGAUCCUGCCACUUUAUCAGCACAAACACAUUUUACAGUGAAAGAAGUGAAGGCCCUGUUUGAACUUUUCAGCAAAAUAAGCAGUUCUGUUAAAGAUGAUGGCUUUAUCACCAAAGAAGAAUUCCAGAUUGGGCUGUUUAGAAACAGCAAAAAACAGUCUUUCUUUGCAGAUAGGAUGUUCAAGUUGUUCGAUUCCAACAACGAUGACGUGAUAGACUUCGGGGAGUUUGUUCGAGCUUUAAGUGUUUUUCAUCCUAUUGCUUCCUUGGAAGAGAAAUCUGAUUUUUUGUUUAAACUCUACGACGUGUCUCAUGUUGGCUUCAUUGAACAUCAAGGGGUUAGAAAAAUGAUUGUGGCACUUCUUCAUGAGUCAGAAUUGUCACUUCCUGAUGAUAUUAUUGAAGCUAUUAUCAACAAGACUUUUGAGGAAGCAGAUACUAAUGAUGAUGGAAGGAUAGAUGCAGAAGAGUGGAAGGAUUAUGUAUCUAGGAAUCCAUCUUUGUUGAAAAACAUGACAGUUCCUUAUUUGAUGGAUAUCACAAUUGCAUUUCCUAGCUUUAAGAUGAAACCAGAAACCGAUGAGGAGACAAGGAGCGACUUCUAAAUUGUGAAACUGAAGUGCAAUAUAUUGUACAUCUGUAUCAUAUACGUAGUAUCAUAUCUAUACAUACAUGAGAACAUUGUAAUUUUUGUACCACAAGAAAGAUGGAAGGGGACUGGAAAACUUUAGUUUUGAGUAAAAACAAUUUUCUCUAUUAGU